AUGAGCGGCCCCAUCCAUGUCCAGUCCGACGGCGAGUGGCAGUCGCUGCUCUCGAAGAACUCCGUCGUGGUCGCAGAUUUCUACGCCGAUUGGUGCGGUCCCUGCAAGAUGAUCGCGCCUCACUUCGAGCGCCUCGCCAAGGAGCACUCGCGCCCGAACAAGGUCGCCUUUGCAAAGGUCAACGUCGACAACCAGGCCAACAUCGCCCGCACCAACGGCGUCACGGCCAUGCCCACCUUCGUCAUCUUCCACAACGGCUCGACUGUCCAGACCAUCCGCGGCGCCAACCCGUCUGCCCUGACCGAGGCUGUCACAAAGGCCGUCGCGCUCGGCGACGGAGGCAAGGCCGAAGACGUCUUCAAGACUCCCGGCAGGACCCUGGGCGGCGACGGCCCCGUCCCUGGCGGCCAGCGUCACUGGAGUGUGACCGUGCUGCUCAACCUCGUCAUGAUGCUCGUCGGACUCUAUCUGACGUCCUUAUUUUCGGCACGGCGCGGAACAGUCCAUGUUCAACCCGAAGAGACAGCAGCCACCGCGGGGGAAGCCGGCGGCGGCUGGAGGACCGGCGCCAGCAGGCAGUGCUCGGCCGCAGCAACAGAGCGAGGCUCGUCUCAACUAAACAGACGAUGUUUUUCCACUUCCAAAGCUGCUCUUCAAGAGCCGUCAGAUAUCCCAGCAAAACAAUCUGCAGAGGAUCUUGAAAAGGUCGUUCGUGAGGCGAAGCAGCGCUUUCGAGACACCCUUCCAAAGGGAUAUCUCAGCGUGGAAGAGUAUGCGCUGUACGAACGGCUCUACGGACCGCCACUGCGAGAGACGGCGCCAGAAGAUGUCGGCAUCCCGACGCAUGCGGACAUGGAAGAGGUGACACGGUUAAGCGAUGAAGGGACGCUGCUGAGAGAGUUGGAAGACGGAGGCUUCGAAGAAGUCAUCUACAGACUACCCUUCGCGGAUGGGGAGGUAGAGGAGCCUUCAAGGGAACAGCUGUCGGCAUCUGACUCUGCCGUGGAGGCAGUCGAGGAGUCAUCAACUUACAUCGAUGCCGUCGCCAGAAACCCAAGGGAGCAUGAGGCGCUGCAGAGGCUGAUGCAGGAUUUCAAGGCCGCUCAGAAGAAGCAAAUGGAGGAUGAGAUUGCAGCAGCGAGGGCAGAAGCCGAAGCAGAGCAGGAGGCUUAUGAGAUGGAAGAGGAGGAAGUCCUCUUUGAUGAGCAAGAUCCUGGGACAGAGAUGCAGGUGCUUUCAGGCGAGGCACGACGGUUCCAUCCCUACACCCUGCAGGGCAGGUUCCACGGAAGCCCGGUCGAGAUCUCACUCCCUCAAAGCUCACUCGUCACACCUAUCCGGGACCUGUUGGACCGAACCCAUCUGUCUCACGUCAAGGCCGCUGCCGAAGCCGCAUUCGGCGGCCCAGGACUACCAACUUCACCGUCCACGCCUGAAGGGAAGAAGAACGGGCAGAUGGGCGGCGUCGGCCUGCCCCCUGAUCAACGACACAUGACGGAGAUUGAGGCCGAUGCGUUCCUCGCCGGCUUCCUCCCUCCUGCUUAUGCGUCGGUCACGUCGGUCUUACGAGAAGUGCGGAGGCGGUUGGGCAGCGACUGGAUUCAAGAGCGGCUGAAAAGGAGUGAAAACGCAGGGUUGAGUGUCCUGGAUGCCGGAGCUGGCGGAGCCGGCCUUGUGGCAUGGGAGCAGAUACUCAACGCAGAAUGGGACCUACUACGGGAAAAGGGCGAGGUGAAGGGUUUGCAGCCUCCCGGAAGGAAAACCGUCAUCACCGGCUCGGAUCGUCUGCGUCACCGGCUGAAGAGCUUCCUCCACAAUACAACGUUUCUGCCUCGGCUGCCUGAUUACGAACACUCUGGAGAAACGCAGGGCGAGCAUCUCGAUGCCGGCGACAAACCGCAGCCGCGGAAAAGCUACGACCUCAUCAUCGCUUCUCAUCUUUUCUUGAAGGAGAAGCAGGAUCACUACCGCCAGGCCAUCCUGAACAACCUGUGGACUCUUCUCAACAAGGACGGUGGCGUGCUUAUCGUGAUCGAGAAAGCCCAUCCCCGAGGAUUCGAAGCUGUCGCACAUGUCAGAGACACGUUGCUCAAGCAAUUCCUCCUGCCUCAGAACGGCGAGCCCGGCAUCGCGGCGGAAGAACUGAAUCCGGCAUUCCAUAGAGAGCGAGAAGCCGGCCACAUCAUCGCGCCGUGCACCAACCACGGAACGUGCCCCAUGUACAAAGAGGCCGGCAAGAGCAAGGGCCGAAAAGAUUACUGCUACUUCAACCAGCGCUUUACUCGGCCCACCUUCUACACCAAGAUGCUGGGCAACAGCUCAAAUACUCAGGGCGACGUCGAGUUCAGCUAUGUGGCGAUCCAGCGUGGCCACCUAAAGGCAGACCAGCGUCCCGGAUGGAAGGCUACCGAGCAGGCCUUUGCGGGAUACGAACAUUCUCAGGAGAGCCCGGAUAUGCAAACCCUGCCGAGAAUGGUUCUGCCUCCGCUGAAGCGCAAAGGCCACGUCACGCUCGACGUCUGCACGCCCGAAGGCAAGAUUGAACGCUGGACGGUCCCCAAGAGCUUCAGCAAGCUCGCCUACCACGACGCCCGCAAGUCCCACUGGGGCGACCUCUGGGCUCUCGGGGCCAAGACCAAGGUCGCUCGCAGCGUGCGAGUCGGCAGCGGAGUAGACGAUGGAGGGAAGCGAGCAGAGGGCGGCAAGAAGCCUCGCAAGGUCGAGAUCACAAUGGACGGAGGGCGGCUGUCGGCCAACGAGAAGAAUGCGCGAAAGGAGCGCCGGUCGAAGGGGAAGCGCGAUAGGCAGACGGAUCUGAUCAAGGAGAUUUUGGAGGCGGAGGACCUCGAGGAGAGGGAGAUUGAGAGGGAGAUGGAUGGAGAGGUUGAGGAGGAGCUGAGGUUCGAAGAAGAGGAGGAGCGUAAGAGGAGGUGA